AUGUCUUCCUCGAUGUCGGAAGCUGGUGGCACUCGUCCUGGACCGUUCGCGCAAGCAAGCAAGCCCACCGUUCAACUUACGGUAACCAAUUCGACUGGGAACACCCUUCAUUUUCGAAUCAAGACCACUGCACCAAAGCUGUAUGCGGCGAGGCCAGGAGUCGGGAAAAUCAGGAAAUUGGAAAGCGUUGUGGUGUACAUCACUUUACACGGACUCACCGAAGAACCCCCAGCGUCCUUCAAGUGUAAAGAUAAAUUUCUGAUCCACGCAUUUACUGUGACCUCCGAUCAGGAUCGCAUAAAUGGAAAGGAGCUCUGGGAUCUUGCAUACAAAGAUGCCUCAGAUAUACAUGUGCACCAACGGAAGCUUCGAGUGGUGUAUCUACCACCAGGUGCGCCUGCACAGGCAGAAAGAGGAGAGGGUGUGGAGAAGGCACCGUCAAUUCAUGUCGAAAGGCCGCAGGAAGACGACAGCGAAAAUCUCACUGUCGAUCGUUCGUUAAUUGACCCCCGAUCAUCAUCCGAAUCCAAUCAAAACACAAGCUCCCCAAGAGUUCAAGAAGUGGAAGCGGUGACGGAGUCAACGGUCCAGCGCAAACGAAGCCUGGAUGUUACCAACGAGACGAUUGCCUCGAAAAGCCUCAAGCUAGACGAGCUUGUGGCGCUCGAGGAGAAGACCAUAACUAUCACAGAGGUCGUCGUUCCCAAAGAUCUGGCGAGCCCAGUUCCUAUUUAUGAGCAAGGCAUUCCUGUCUGGAUUGUUUGCAUCUUGGUCUCUACGACCUUCGUUUUUACCUACAUUUUUCUGUAA